UUUUGGUGAAAUAUAUUAGGGUUCAGCGUCACUUCUCCUUCACAUAGCAACACUGAACAUUCAAACCAACAAAGUCUUCGACGCCGCCGCAGCAACCACCACAACCAACCAACUACUCAAAACAAGCCGAUAACAAAAUGGGGAAGACAAAGAAAUUCAUCAACAAGAAAAGCUCUCUCACGUUCCAACUAAUGCCCCGUGACUCAACCGACCCCGCAUUCACUCAAUCCGACGACCGUGUUUUCGUCCGCGUCGACAACAAUCCAAUCUCCGCCGACUCCGUCUUCGCCGAUUCACCCGAUGACCCCGACGCUGACACCGAGGACGGUUUCGACGAUGGUAGUGGUCCGUUGUCGGAUGAUGUUAGGAAGGAUAUUCUGGAACUAGGGUUUCCUGAUGAUGGUUAUAAUUACUUGACUCAUUUGAGGGAAAUUAAGAAUGCUGGUGGUGGUUCUUUUUUCUAUAGUAAUCCUAAGUUUAAGCUUCAGCAUGUUCCUCGUGAUGUUAAGGCAUAUGAUGCUUCGAGACUGCGAAUUAAAGAGGCCGAUGAAGAGCCUGAGGAAAACACUUUGUACACUGUUGCAUCCAAAACUGCCAGCGUAAGGGUUCAGAAAGCUGUUGAUCCUGAAGUGGCUGCUUUGCUGGAUGACAGUGAUGUGUCACGGUUUGGCUCUGAUGUUGAAGAUUUGGAGGAAGACUUUGUUGUCCAGGCUAACCUCCAUGAAGACAAAGAUGAUGAAGAGGAGGCACCUGUGUGUAAUGGAAUGAACUUUGCCGAGGGUUCUACGAUGAAUAGGAGCUUAAACAAUGAUCAUGUAUUGCAAGUUUCUGCGUAUUCCACCAUUGCAGAUGAUUGUAAAUCUUUGGACGAGGGUGUAAAUGGUGUAACAGGUGUGCAAUGUGCUGGUGAGAAGUCAAGGCCUCGUCGUCUGUUAGAUGAACAAUUUGAUUUGCUUGAACAACAAGAGUAUGGAAGUGAUGAUAAUAGUGGUGAUGAUGAUUAUGAUGAUGAUUAUGAGGAAAAUUAUGGAGCCGAAGAUGAGUCACUUGCCGAAAAGCUCAAACUCUCUCUUAGCAACCAUGAGAUGGAAAGCCUAGAAGUUGAAGAUGAUGGCAAGUAUAAGGUUCCUGCAGAUUUAUUGAAGAAAGACGCUCCAGGAAGUGAGGGACAAGAAGAUUCUGCUGCCGAUGUGAUUCGCCGUUGCAAGGAAUAUGGUGAGCAAUAUGAAGUUGAAGAUGAAGACAAGGAUGUUGUUAUUUUUCAAGAAAGUAGUGAUGAGUCAGAAGCUUGGGAUUGUGAAACUAUUGUUUCGACGUACUCAAAUUUGGAUAACCUCCCUGGGAAGAUUGAAAUACCUGGGGCAACUAGGAAAAAGAAAUUGGCUGAAACCAUCACUGCAGCAUCGAGUUCCACGAAUCCAAUAAUUUUCCUAAGAGGAAAAGCAAAGCUUCCUGUCGACUUCUUGCCUGCUGGUAGAAGACCGGCGGCCGAAAAUGUCAGAGACUCCACUGCAAGACCUGAGCAGUACAGGAGAAGGCAACAUGGCCAAGAGUCAAAGGAGGAGAAGAAAGAGAGAAAGACUGCUGUGAAGGAGGAACGGCGUGAGGCACGUCGCACUAAAAAAGAAAUGAAGGAGCUUUAUAAGUGUGAAGCGCAUCGCGCACAAAGAGUUUCUGCUGUAGCUGGUCCUUCAUCCUUCCAUCUUUUGUAAGUUAACAGUCACAAAUACCCCAACCAGUUCAACUGCCAUAGUGUACUACAAUGAAGUUUGUGAGGUUCUAUGAUGUUUUCAUACAUCAGUACUAAGUUUUGUCACACAAUACCCAUGGCUGUUAUGGGUCUUUUGCUUAACCAAAAAUGUACACAUUACACAAGAGUAUAUAAUGUAAUUAUUGGUUAUUUGCAAGGAUAAAUGAAUAUCUCUUUUAUUUUUUUAUUUUUCUCGUAAUGAAGCUUAGUCAAUUUUGUUUCGUAGAACAAAUUAAAAAAACUGCAGCAACUAUAUGGUUUGUAGCAUCAAUUAAUUAUAUACGAGGAUGCACUAUAAAUUAAA